GCACACGUCGCGGGUUCGAGUCUCGUCCAGAGCACACGUCGGGGGCCAUUCCGUCGGGGGCCAUUCACAAGAAAGAGUGAGGAGUUGCGGCCAAUGAACUUCCUUGUGGGAGCCUUCAGCCCGCUGGCCAGCGUCUCCAUCGAGCUCGCGGACGAGGACACGCGCAAGCAUGUUACCCUCAAGAAGGAGAAUGGGCAAAUGGCGUCCGUGCCAUUGUUCCGGAGCCAGGACAGCGUCGCCGGCCAGGUGAGGAUCGACCCCCUCCCGGGGAAGCGGAUCGAGCAUCAGGGCGUCAAGAUCGAGCUCCUGGGUCAGAUAGAGCUGUACGUGGACCGUGGCCACUUUUACGAUUUCACAUCUCUUGUCAGGGAACUGGACGUGCCAGGAGUGAUCCACGACCGCAAGAUCUAUCCGUUUGAGUUCUCCACCGUGGAGAUGCAGUAUGAAUCCUACAACGGUGUCAAUGUUAGGCUCCGCUAUGUGCUCAAGGUCACAGUGAGCAGGAGCUAUGUUGCGGCCAACAUUGUGGAGCACAAGGAGUUCUGGGUCCGCAACUUCAAUCCCCAUCCAGAGAUCAACACCAGCAUCAAGAUGGAGGUGGGCAUCGAGGACUGCUUGCACAUUGAGUUUGAGUACACCAAGAGCAAGUACCAUCUCAAGGACGUGAUAAUUGGGAAGAUUUACUUUUUGCUGGUGCGCAUCAAGAUCAAGCACAUGGAACUGGAGAUCCGGCGUAGAGAGUCAACCGGCUCCGGGCCCAACACUCUGAACGAGAGCGAGACGCUGGCCAAGUACGAGAUCAUGGACGGGGCACCAGUCCGGGGUGAAUCCAUCCCGGUCCGCCUCUUCCUCAGCCCCUACGAUCUGACGCCCACGUACCGCAACAUCAACAACAAGUUCAGUGUGAGGUACUACCUCAACCUGGUGCUAGUGGACCAAGAGGAGAGGAGAUACUUCAAGCAGCAGGAGAUGCUCCUCUUCCGAGCCACCUAGGUAAUGCAUGUUUCAUCUGCGGGAGCCAUGGCCGGCCUCUUGGCACCUCGCUGCUGCACUUGGCAAUGGGCGAUGGA